CGGAGCUUGCAACUGACUGCGAACUUGAGUGGCGCCGCGACUUGCCAGUUUCACUCCAGGAACUUUUCUUUGCAGGAGCAGGAGAGAAGGGGUGCAAUCGCCCCCCGCUUUUUGCUCUCUUUCUUCCCCCCCCCUCCUCUCCAAUUCGCCUUCCCACACUUGGAGCGGGCAGCUGCGGGCUGGCCCCCGCGCGCCUUCCUAAAAGCUCGCCGCUGCGGCCGAGUGACGCGCCAGGCUCCCCGGGAGCCGCUCGCCCCGCGUCCGGGCAGCCGAGGGGAGAGUAGCCCGCGCCUCGAGCCCCCGAGCCGCCGCGGCUUCUCGCCUUUCCCGGCCACCCGCCCCCUGCCCCGGGCCUGCGUAUGAAUCUCCUGGACCCCUUCAUGAAGAUGACCGACGAGCAGGAGAAGGGCCUGUCCGGCGCCCCCAGCCCCUCCAUGUCCGAGGACUCGGCGGGCUCGCCCUGCCCUUCGGGCUCCGGCUCCGACACCGAGAACACGCGGCCCCAGGAGAACACGUUCCCCAAGGGCGAGCCGGACCUGAAGAAGGAGAGCGAGGAGGACAAGUUCCCCGUGUGCAUCCGCGAGGCCGUCAGCCAGGUGCUCAAGGGCUACGAUUGGACGCUGGUACCCAUGCCGGUGCGCGUCAACGGCUCGAGCAAGAACAAGCCGCACGUCAAGCGGCCCAUGAACGCCUUCAUGGUGUGGGCGCAGGCGGCGCGCAGGAAGCUCGCCGACCAGUACCCACACCUGCACAACGCCGAGCUCAGCAAGACGCUGGGCAAGCUCUGGAGACUGCUGAAUGAGAGCGAGAAGCGGCCCUUCGUGGAGGAGGCGGAGCGGCUGCGCGUGCAGCACAAGAAGGACCACCCGGAUUACAAGUACCAGCCGCGGCGGAGGAAGUCGGUGAAGAACGGCCAGGCGGAGGCCGAGGAGGCCACGGAGCAGACGCACAUCUCCCCCAACGCCAUCUUCAAGGCGCUGCAGGCCGACUCGCCGCACUCCUCCUCCGGCAUGAGCGAGGUCCACUCCCCCGGCGAGCACUCCGGGCAAUCGCAGGGUCCACCGACGCCACCCACCACCCCCAAAACCGACGUGCAGCCGGGCAAGGCUGACCUGAAGCGAGAGGGGCGCCCGCUGCCAGAGGGGGGCAGACAGCCCCCCAUCGACUUCCGCGACGUGGACAUCGGCGAGCUGAGCAGCGACGUCAUCUCCAACAUCGAGACCUUCGACGUGAACGAGUUCGACCAGUACCUGCCGCCCAAUGGCCACCCGGGGGUGCCGGCCACGCACGGCCAGGUCACCUACACGGGCAGCUACGGCAUCAGCAGCACGGCCGCCACCCCGGCGGGCGCUGGCCACGUGUGGAUGUCCAAGCAGCAGGCGCCGCCGCCGCCCCCGCAGGCGCCCCCGCCAGCCCCGCCGGCGCCCCCGCAGCCGCCCGCGCAGGCGCCCCCGCAGCCGCCCGCGCAGGCGCACACGCUGACCACGCUGAGCAGCGAGCCGGGCCAGGCCCAGCGAACGCACAUCAAGACGGAGCAGCUGAGUCCCAGCCACUACAGCGAGCAGCAACAACAUUCGCCUCAGCAGAUCGCCUACAGCCCCUUCAGCCUCCCGCACUACAGCCCGUCCUACCCGCCCAUCACGCGCUCGCAGUACGACUACACUGACCACCAGAACUCCGGCUCCUACUACAGCCACGCGGCGGGCCAGGGCUCCGGCCUCUACUCCACCUUCACCUACAUGAGCCCGGCUCAGCGGCCCAUGUACACCCCCAUCGCCGACACCUCCGGGGUCCCUUCCAUCCCGCAGACCCACAGCCCCCAGCACUGGGAACAGCCCGUCUACACACAGCUCACCAGACCUUGAGGAACGCUUAGAGAGCGACCAUGGCCGUGAUGAUCAUAAAAAGAACCCAAGAAAUAACACGCGACCAACAAGAAUUCUCUUUGGACAUUUUUUUUUUUUUCUUAUUUUUAAAGACAUGCACGCUGAAGGCAACUCGAACUCAGAUUACAAGACAGAAACAUUGACUAUCCAAACGCAUUACCACCUUGUUGCGAAUCAGUGGCCAGGCCACUCUUGGCUAGAGGGACCAGCAGAACCGACGGGAAACUGGACUGGAAACGUUCAAAGCAAGCGUGGAGGGUGAUGGAGAUUCGUGUGACCAGUUUGCUCAGUCUCUCUGCCUGUUUGGACUUUGUAAUUAUUUUUUAGCAGUAAUUAAAGAAAAAAGUCCUCUGUGAGGAAUAUUCUCUAUUUUAAAUAUUUUUAGUAUGUACUGUGUAUGAUUCAUUACCAUUUUGAGGGGAUUUAUACAUAUUUUUAGAUAAAAAAAUUAAAUGCUCUUAUUUUUCCAACAGCUAAACUACUUAGUCGAACAGUGUGCCCUAGCUUUUCUUGCAACCAGAGUAUUUUUGUACAGAUUUGCUUUCUCUUACAGACAAACAGACAAAAAAAAAAAAAGCGUGUGUGUUGUAUUAACCUACAGAAGCCACAGAUUUGUGUUACAUGAUCAGUUUGGGGGGUUAGCUUUGCUUAAUUCCUCAGGCUUUCUGAUUCAAGGAGGAGUUGCCUUAGAAAAAUCAAGGCCUUAUUUUGCAGAUACGGAAGUAAACAAUAGUCUAGAGACGAUUUGGUAAGCCUUAUCGUAUAUAUGUCUUUUAAACAAGAAAAAAACACCUUAAAGCCUUAAAACCAUGCUGCUGGAAAAGCCUUGUGCCCUCUUUUAGUGCAUUUCCUCCUGUGUUUGCUCGCUUACCGCAACCUUAAGAAAGAAGCAAAAGGCAAGCAAAGGAGACGAAAUCUGUUUGGGGAAUGUUUCAGCAGCCAAUACUGUGCCCCAGCACGCUGCCCCCUGGUUGCCUGCCCGGGCCCCAUGUGGAACACAGAUGCUAGAAUCCUCUCACUUACACUGUCACCUGUGCCUCUCUGAAAACCAGCAGUUAACUUCAAGACAUUCCAUGUGCUAAAAUUAUUUAUUUUGUAAGGAGAGGUUUUAAUUAAAAACAAAAAAAGCUUCCUUUUUUUUUUUUUAUUUUUUAAAUUUACCUUCUUUAAAAUAGGUUGUUGGAGCCGUCCUCAAAGGGUAUGGUCAUCUGUUGUUAAAUUAUGUCCUUAACUGUAACCAGUUUUUUUUAUUUAUCUCUUUAAUCUUUUUUUUUUUAUUAAAAGCAAGUUUCUUUGGAUUCCUUGUCCUAGAUUUGUAUAAAUGCCUUUUUGUCUGUCCUUUUAUUUUUCCUCUUUGUUGUUUUGUUGAAAACAAACUGGAAACUUGUUUCUCUUUUUGUACAAAUGAGAGUUUGCAGAUGUAGUGUAUCACUGAGUCAUUUGCAGUGUUUUCUGCCACAGAUCUUUGGGCUGCCUAAACUGUGUGUGUGUGUGUGUGU